GACCUGUAUGCAGCCAUCUUGCCAUCUUUUCAAAAAAUUUACAAACAAGAGCCCGAGUCUCUUCCUUUUAGGAUGCCUGUUAAUCCUGAUUUGCUCGGAAUUCCCGUAAGUUUCGAUUACUUUGAUAAGAUAAAAAAUCCCAUGGACCUGUCUACUAUAGAAAUGAAACUCAACAAUAGACAAUACACCGAUCCAUGGCAAUACAUUAAUGACGUAUAUCUGAUGUUUGAGAAUGCCUGGUGCUAUAACAAGAGAACUCACAGAGUCUAUAAGUACUGCACUAAGGUUAUUGAUGAGGUGAUGUUAAGUGUUAACUGUCUUGCAACUUUAGUCAUCUAUGAUUGUUAUAAUUUGUCAGUAAUUAUUUAUACCGUUAUUACAGUUUCUGAUAAUGCAUAUCUUGUUGGAAUGAACGCAUUUUCGUAUUCGCAUAUGCUGAUUAUGUAUUUAUAUUUGCUGCUGCUGCUGAAAAACAGGUAUGCUUACUGUGAGAAGUGCUUCAAUGACUUGCCCUCUCCUGUCAUCGACAUUGAUGAACCAACUCAACCUGGACUGAAAGUAAACAAAUCAGAAUUCACCAGGGAGAGGAAUGACAAAUUGGAAGGAGAGGCGUUUGUAACUUGUACUGUCUGCGACCGCAAGAUGCAUCAGAUAUGUGUGUCGCACUUUGAGCCCGUCACCACUAAAAUGUUUGUCUGCAAAAAUUGUCAGGCGAGUACAGGGAUGGGCACUGAUUUUGGCAUUGGAGAUAGGAAGAAGACUAACAAAUUCACAGCCAAGAAGUUGCCUAACACCAAACUGGGGACUUAUUUGGAGAACAGAGUGAAUCAGUUUCUUAAGAAAAAAGAUUCUGCAAGUGUCGAGGUCUCCAUAAGAGUUCUAUCGAGUUUUGACAAAUUUGCUGAGAUAAAGCAGGGAAUGAAAGAUCGUUUCAGCGACUGCCUGGUGGAUCCGCCACAGUAUCCUUACAGAGUCAAGGCUAUUUUCGCAUUUGCUGAGAUCGAUUCGGUCGACGUUUGUUUCUUCGGGAUGCAUGUUCAGGAGUAUGGAUCUGAGUGCCCGGAUCCUAAUUCUAGGAGAGUUUACAUAGCAUAUUUGGAUAGUGUAAACUUCUUCCAGCCACGACAGUAUAGAACCUCAGUUUACCAUGAAAUACUGCUUGGAUAUCUUGAAUACGCCAAAUCCCUUGGGUUCCUAACUGCUCAUAUCUGGGCCUGUCCGCCAAGUGAGGGUGAUGAUUAUAUUUUUCAUUGCCACCCGCCGGAACAAAAGAUACCGAAACCGAAAAGACUACAGGAGUGGUACAGGAAAAUGUUAGAUAAAGCAGUUGAGGAGAGAGUUAUUGUUGAGUAUAAGGACAUAAUACAAGAUGCGCAAGAUGGUCAGAUGCAAUGUCUUGCCGGUUUUCCUUACUUCGAAGGGGACUACCUGCCCAUGACCAUCGAAGAAGUUAUAAAG